AUGUUAGCGUAUGGGUCAUCUGCUGAUCAGGUCGAUGAGGUUGUCCAUAUGGAGAAGUCCACUAUUUUGGAGGCCUUGGUGCGAUUCUGUGAUGCAGUGGAAACUCUGUACACCAGGGACUACCUGCGCAGACCUACGCCCAGGGACCUACAACGGCUUCUACAAAAAGCUGAGAUUCGAGGAUUUCCUGGAAUGAUUGGCAACAUUGACUGCAUGCACUGGCAAUGGAAAAAUUGUCCAAUUGCUUGGCAAGGGGAUUACGGAAACAGGAAAGGGCAGAAAUCAAUCAUCCUUGAAGCAGUUGAUGGAUUCGAUACAUGGGUUUGGCAUGCCUUCUUCGGAGUUGUCGGAUCUCAAAACGAUUUGAACGUCCUUGGUCAAUCCCCGGUGUUUAAUGAUGUAUUGAGUGGUGAAGCCCCAAAUGUCACCUAUGAAAUCAAUCAUACCGUCUACCAAAAUGGGUAUUAUCUAGCUGACGGCAUCUACCCAAGGUGGACCACAUUUGUCAAAUCAAUUCCACAUCCCCGAUCCCAUAAGCAAAAAUUAUUUGCUACUUAUCAAGAGGGUUACAGAAAAGAUGUGGAGAGGUGCUUUGGUAUCCUCCAAGCGCGAUGGGCUAUUAUUAGGGGUGCGGCGCGUCUAUUUGAUGAAGAGGUGCUUAGGAGCAUAAUGAUGACUUGUAUCAUCCUCCACAAUAUGAUUGUGGAGGAUGAGUAUGAUUAUCUAGCUGAUGAAGUGUAUGAGGCAGAUCCCAUGAACACGCCCUUGACACGAAUUUAUGAAAAACCCAUGGGGCCAAAUGGAGAACCAGUGCAACAUGAACCGUUGGUUUGA